AUGGCCGACGACGCUCUCUCCAUCUACGACGAGAUCGAAAUCGAAGACAUGACCUUCGACCCCGCCAUCCAAAUCUACCACUACCCGUGUCCCUGCGGCGACCGAUUCGAGAUCGCCAUCGACGACCUGCGCGACGGCGAGGAGAUCGCCGUGUGUCCUAGCUGCAGUUUGAUGAUUCGUGUGAUUUUUGAUCCGGUAUGUUCCCCUCCCGUUCUUCUCGUCUUGUCCUGUCCGGGACUGGUUCCGUUAGCGACCGUUUCUAACAUGCUUGUGCUGGAUAUAGUCCGAUCUCGCCCAGGACGAUAA